AUGGCGAAGGAAAGCGGCCACGACUUCGAUGUCGACGCCCUGUCGGCCGGCACCUGGGUGUCGCAAGAGACGCUGCGGAAGUUCAUGGCGGCGACGAACGACCGGAAGCAGUAUCGUUGCUCCACGCACGAGGUGAGCUUGCCUGUGUCCUUCCUGACGGCGUGCCAGAUGCUGAACCUCCACGAGGUCUUCAGCGCACAUGAUCCUGUCCAGAUUCGCGUGCGGGGGUGUAUCGCGCAGUGCCGUGGGUUGGCGACGGACGAUAGGAGCAGCGUGCAAUACUGGCGCUCCGUCCUGCGGGCCGUGAUUAUCAUCCACGCUACACGCCGGUACGAAUACGCACCGUCCGUCGUGCUGGGUGUGUUGAAUAGGAGCAACGUGUUGGACACAUUCGACGGCGGGGACUACUGUCAGGAUUUCGAAGAGAUGGUCGCUUUCGUGCAGCGCUCUGCGGCGGGGGCGAGCUCCGGUCGCGUGGACGCGCCGGUGCUGGACUAUUGCUGGGACAGGGUGAAGAACUGGCGUGGCUUCGGCGGCGCGGGCAACGAGCCCGGAGGCAACGUGGACGGCUUCGUUGCCAAAAACGUUGCGUUUCAAGGUGUCCGGAAUAUUCUUCACCAUUGCGGGUUUGAGCAUGGGGCCCCGAAGGCGUUCGUGUUGGGGCCCAAUCCAUGCAAGUUGGCGUGCGUGCAUUGGCAGACGCCGUCCCCGUCGCGGGAACAGCAGGUCGCCAUGUAUUCUGCCGUGCUGGAAGGCGUCGAUGACUGCGUCGUCGCGUAUGGCGCGGUCUGGCGGAGGCUUCAUUCGGUCGACGCAGUUGUGCUGCAAGACAAUCUGUGCAAGGCCGUGGAAGUGCUGCAGACAGUCACUACCGGUCGCUUCUUCGGGAAAGCCCGUAAGUCGUCUUUGGCGCGGUUUGGCGUCGCCGUGGCGCCCGAGCGGGCUUUGUCUUCGCCGGAAUGCUCUGGCGACGAAGAGCCUGGUUGA